AUGCCGAAACAGUUUUCGCAUACGACGUCCGCGAGGCGGUCGUCCGUUAUAUACUCCAGCAGUGUCGGGAAAGGUGGGCUUUUCACUCCGGCGGACUUUAUUCCUGGGGAGGAGAGUGAGCGUGUGUUCAAUGAAUUGGAGGCCGAGGAGGAUGCAAGGCUGGCGCGGGUGCAGGAGGACCUUGAGGCCGGUGUUCUCGAUGAGACAGCUGUGCAAGAGGAGGAGGAACAGCAGGAAGAGGAGCCCAGGUACCAGUCGCUGAUGGGGGAAAAUAAUGAGUUGAUUAGACCAGCUUCGUUGCAGACGCGGAGAGUAUCUGGAGGCGUACGUGGGGCGAGUGCGCCACCGCAGUCAUCGCAAGGGUACGGUGCUAUUCCCGGUGGUGGUGCCGGUGGCCGCCCGCAGUCCAGGAGAAGGAGAAGUUCCUCUUACAACAAGAUUCUGCUCGAUGAGGAGAGGGACUUGCUGAUCGACAACAAGCUGUUGAAGAAGAGUCACCGGCUGUCCAAGAGUCAAUUGCUCAUGGACGAGUUCUACAGCAAUGUGGAGGGGCUCGAAGGUGGGGACGACGAGGACGACCUUGUGGUGAACGUGUGGGAGGAAGCCCUUGAGCAAGGUAAAGAAAUUAGCACGUCGUACAAGCGGGAGGCGCAAGUGAUCUCGUUCAAUGCGCUGCCGCUGAUCUUCACGUUUGUGCUGCAGAACUCGCUCUCGCUUGCUUCGAUCUUCUCCGUGUCGCAUUUGGGGACGAAAGAGCUGGGCGGUGUUACACUCGGGUCGAUGACGGCCAACAUUACGGGACUUGCUGCGAUCCAGGGACUCUGUACGUGUCUCGACACGCUGUGCUCGCAAGCGUACGGUGCCAAAAACUACCAUCUUGUCGGGUUGCUCGUGCAACGGUGCGCCGCAAUUACGAUCAUCGCGUUCAUCCCCGUGUUGUACAUCUGGUGGUUCUGGUCUGAGUCUAUCUUGGCGCUAAUGAUUCCAGAGAGGGAGCUGUGCCACUUGGCCGCGCAGUACCUUAAAGUGACCGCGUUCGGCGUGCCAGGGUUCAUCUUAUUCGAAUGUGGAAAACGUUUCCUUCAAUGCCAGGGGAUCUUCCACGCUUCGACGAUAGUUCUGUUCGUUUGUGCCCCACUUAACGCACUGAUGAACUACCUGUUCGUCUGGAAUAAAUUCAUUGGGAUUGGGUACUUGGGGGCACCGCUCUCUGUGGCAAUCAACUACUGGCUUAUGGCUACCGGUCUUCUCGUCUAUACCGUCUUCACUAAACACGCGGAAACCCCGCUGAAGUGCUGGACUGGGUUCAUCAAGCGCCACCAGGUGUUCAAGAACUGGGAGAAGAUGCUCAACCUCGCACUACCUGGGAUUAUCAUGGUCGAGGCGGAGUUCCUUGGGUUCGAAAUCCUGACCAUCUUUGCGUCGCACAUCUCCACGGCCGCGCUGGGCGCACAGUCUAUUGUCGCGACGAUUGCGUCUUUCGCGUACCAGGUACCAUUCUCGAUCUCCGUAUCUACGAGCACGAGAGUUGCCAACCUUGUUGGCGCCUCGCUGUACAAGAGCUGCGUCGUCAGUUGCAAGAUCUCGCUUCUUCUUUCCUUCGCGUGCUCCUCGUUCAACAUCUUCAUCAUCUACUACUUCAGACACGGCCUAGCGGCGAUGUUCUCCAGCGAACAGGACGUCGUUGAGCUCGUCGUCUCAACGCUACCUUUGCUAUCCUUCAUGCAGCUGUUCGACGCCUUCAACGCAUCCACCGCAGGGUGUCUCCGCGGGCAAGGCAGGCAGAAGAUAGGAGGGUACAUCAACCUGUUCGCGUUCUACUGCGUUGGGGUCCCCAUGGCGUACUUCCUCACUUUCCACCGCGGGUUCGGCAUCGCUGGGCUAUGGCUCGGCAUAAUAUGCGCGCUCAUCAUCAUGAGCAUGUGCCAGGGGUACGCCGUCUUCCACGGCGACUGGGGACGUAUCAUGCACGCGGCAAAAGUCCGCAACGCAGAGGGGGGAAACUAG